AUGGCUCUGAAAAGCAUGUGGCUGGUUUUUCUGAUGAGCUAUGUAGUCAGCACUGAAGUCGUGGAUGCCAUUGUCCUGAGACCUAGCUGUGCCACCGGGUGGUUUUACCACAGGUCGUAUUGCUACGGAUACUUCCGGAAGCUGAGGAACUGGUCUGAGGCUGAGCUCGAGUGUCAGUCAUAUGGAAACGGAGCCCAUUUGGCAUCUGUCCUGAGUUUAAAGGAAGCCAGCACCAUAGCAAAGUACAUAGGUGCCUAUCAAAGAAACAAGCCGGUGUGGAUUGGCCUGCAUGACCCACAGAAGAAGCAUCGAUGGCAGUGGGUCGAUGGAGCCAUGUCUAUUUACAAAUCCUUGUCUGGCGAGUCCGUGGGUGAGAACAAGUACUGUGCUGAGAUGGAUGCCAAGACCAAUUUUUUAACUUGGACCAGCAAAGAAUGCAACGAGCGCCAACACUUCCUGUGCAAGUACCGACCCUAG